GUUAAAACUACCGCGGGAUCCGUCCUGGCCGCUUUUUACUCUAAUGUUUUUUUGUAAAAAAACUUUAAAUAAUCAGUGAGUGGCAGUGCAGUGUUGUGUUCUAGGAUUACAGACAUGAUUUGAUGAUAUACCAUAGGCGUUGGAAUGACCUGCUACGCUUCGUUUCACAGCCUGCCGCCAUAGAAAAUGUUUCCUUGCAUCUGGCCGACAACGUUUUUCUUCUUAAUAUGGUUGUGUAAUGACGUAACAUCGAAGCGGAAUCAUACGCUGAAACCACGAGUUGUUUUGCCCGAGAACUAUGUUAAAGAAAUCCGGCCACCUUCUCGGAAAGGUCAACCAGUCGUCGUUGAAUUCAGCAUAUAUGUCGUGGAUGUCAAUUCUAUUAAUGUUGAAGACAUGGACUUCAGAGUCGAUAUGUUUAUAAGACAAACUUGGCGAGAAACUAGAUUGCAGCUACCAGAAGAUAUAUUCGAAGAAGGAGAUGACCAUGUGACGUUGCCUCCAGAAUUCUUCGACAAUCUCUGGCAUCCUGACCCUUAUUUUCUAAAUUCCAAAGUAACAGGAGGAGCUUGCCACUUUUGUCACCAAUCAGCUGAAAUAGCCGAAUUGACGCACAAAUUCUCGUCGGUAACCUUAUACAGAAAUCAGACGGUGAGAUACGCGGCCAGAAUGCACGCAAUCAUCGCCUGUCAAAUGGAAUUUCAACUCUAUCCCAUGGACAUACAGUCCUGUCCAAUUUACAUCGAAAGUUUUUCGUAUAGCAACCAGAAGGUGAGGUUUAAAUGGAGCGACGCAGGUGUUACUAUUAAUCCUGAACUAAAGUUGCUGCAAUAUCACAUUGGCGAACCUUUACGAUUGGAAGAAACUAAUGGAUACAUGAUAGAUAAAGAUGGAAACUAUUCAAGAUUAGUAGUAUACUUCAGAUUCGAACGACAAAUUGGUCACCACCUGAUCCAAACCUUCGCACCAUCUUCACUUGUUGUCAUGUUAUCCUGGUUCAGUUUCUGGCUGGACUUGGAUGCUAUUCCUGGUCGAGUCACCUUACUGGUCACAUGCAUGUUGACACUUGUGACUAUGUUCACAGGGCUUAGAGCCGAUAUACCACCAGUUGCUUACGUAAAGGCUCUUGACCUUUGGAUGGCAGGCUGUAUGAUGUUUGUUUUCGCCGCCCUCGGAGAAUUUGUAGUUGUUAAGGUGUUGGAUAAACAAUAUCAGAUGAAUAAAUCGAAAACACAGGAAUCGAUGCCAAGAAUAAUACCAGUGCGUCUUAAUGGCGAGAAAGGAUCUUGCGGCACCGUCGCCGCGUGGGAGGGGAGUGCGGUUCGAUGUAGGAAGGUGGAUCUCACAUCACCCACAUCUCCCCCCGCGUCAACACCCGCAGUGCAUCCCGUCCCAGGCGCUCCCACACACUUAGUUGGCGUUGAGAGAAGACAAAGCAUAUUACAGGUUGCCUGGGUAGACGCUGAUACAGGACAAGAAAGAGUACUGUGGCGAGAAAUCGACAAGUUAUCCAGGGUUGUAUUUCCAGCGCUAUUCCUUCUCUUCGUCACAAUGUACUGGCCGGUUCUUCUGCUAAAAACUAAAGCUUCAUCAUAACAUUAUAUACCUGUUUAUAAGGGCGUUAGAUGGUGGCAUGAAUAAAUAACGUGCUCUAUUGUUGAAAAGAAUAUUUAGAAAAAUAGUGCAAAAUAGAAAUGGUUCAUAGAAUAGGCCAUAAUAUAAAGCUAGUAAAUAUUCUACAGACAGACAAAGAUCUUCUUUCCUAUUAUUUGAAACAUUGAAUAAAUUCUGCAACACAUUAAAAUAAUAAAACUCUUAACAUUUAAUAGUCAUUGCAGUAGUUCCACGUUAAAAAAACAAUGAAAAUUUAAAUAUGACAAAUUUAAAUAGGCACUCAUAUUCACUUUUGAAUUGUCAUAUUACGGGAUUCAAUUGAAAGUGAAGCUACCAGAUGUUGAAAUUGUAAAUUCUGACGAGAAUCUGUUGGAAACUCCUAAAUAGAUCAAAAUGGUGCUUCGUAUGAAACUUAAAAUAACCUUAAUAUGUAUAGUAAACAAUAGACACAUUAAUAAUGAUGAUUUCAUGUAAUGCCGACCGACUAACGCUGUUAUAGCAAACUUAUAUGUUGUGUUGAUGUAGUAGUUACAAGUGAGAUUUCCAUUAGAGUUUCAGAGAGUGAAUAACAAUUGCCUCGAUGAGACUAGAGAUCAUUCGCAAACAGUUAAUAAAGGACUGGUCCUACUUCAAAUUUAGUUGGAUUAUAAUUUCAUGGAGUAUAAGAGUACAUUAACCAAAUAUUUCCUUUUAUAUAAGUUGCCUUAGAAUAGGGAGUAUUUUUGAAACUAUAAAUUUAUUGUAUAGAUAAAAUUAUGUAAUAGAAAGGGAAAUUUAGUGUAGUAUAAGCGAAGUAAAACGGUUUGCGUAAAUCUAUUUCUACAGUACCUUCUAUUCUGAGGUUAACAUAAAACAUGAUUAUGAUAACAUAAAAUACGAGCGUGGGUCGAAAAUUUGUAAAAGUUUCUUCAAUUGAAUUUGGGUAGAAAAUGGAACGAUAAUAGAUUCCAAUCAUAUUUCAAGAUGUGAUAUAAAAUAAUAAUGUAUAUAUCAAAUUCGGAUCAAAUUGAUCAUUAUCUCCAUAUUAGGCUGUGACAUUUUUAACCCACCCUCGUAUAAUACCUACGAACGUACAAAAUGAAGUUAAAUAUAACAAAUUUCGAUAUCUGAAAAAUUGAUAUUUGGAAAAUAUUAUUAUCAAAAAAAUGACUUCAAAUACGUUUAUUAUAAAAAAAAUAGGACAAAAAAUUAUAACACUGAUAUGACGCGAGUAUUACAGUGUGGCUUACAUUAGUGAAUUAAGUUACAAACCUAAUGCUUGUAUAAUAAUAAAGCUAAAUAUAUUUAAUUAUAUAUAUUUAAAAUAGCUACAAUACACACGAUGUCGUUUAAAUGAUAUACUACAAGUCAUCUCCGAGGAAAUAAGUUCUCCAAACUGAUUUAUUAUAUUGCCGGCUUCGGUGAUAUCAAUUUGACCAAAAAUUAUACAUAAUAGCUUACGAUGUAUAAAAUAAAAUAGAUUCAUUUAUAUAAAAUAAUAUAUCCAUAAUAUAUAACAAACAUAAAUAAGUUCAUACAAAUAAUGAUAAAAAUAAAAAUGGUGGAUAAAGCGGAUUUGAUAGCAAUUGAAAUUGAACACCCCAAGAAUUGUUAUACAAUAUACUGAAGAUAAUGUAUUUAUAUAAUUAGGGUAUAAAAGAAGACAAUAAAGUAUUCUACAAAUUACUCUAUGAAUCCAAAGGUUAAGCAUAAAUGCUAUUGAAUCGGACACUCGUAAGCGUAGUGUGUAAAUCCAUUUCGAUUAUAUUACAUUUGUCAUGAAUAUGACAAAACCAAAGUAACAAAAUACUCGACUGACUGAGACACGUAACCAGCUUAUGAUAAUGAUCCUUUCAAACAUUAAGCCACUUAUCCCUCAGUCAAUCCUCAGCGAUUGCCCAAUGAGGCAACAUUUCCAAAAUGUGUACUUGUGUCCUUGAGAAUCAUUCAAUUCGCCACCAUCGCUAUAGCGAUGAAAGCCUCUCUCUGGUUACUUUGUGAUUCAAGCACAAAUAAACGGAUAAUAUUUUAUCGUCUAUAUUGACAAUAUUAUACAUAGAUAAAAUGUCAAAAUGACAUUACUGUUUUAUAAAUUAGAUUAUAAUAUUCCAUUAAACCUGUGUGAUACGCUUUUAUAUCAUUUGUAAAGAAAUAGUGAAUUAAUAAAAAUGUCACCAGUUCUAUUCUGUAAAAACUUACUUCGUAUUUCACUCAUGAAGUAUUGACAACCGUCUUAUGGUGCGCUAUUUUAAUACGUGUAUCCUUUAAAUGACAUAAUUAUUAUAAUCAAUGAUACAUGUCAUUUUCUGACGUAUCACGAGCGUGUGUCGCGGUGAGUUCCAAGUAUGUUUUUCCAGAUUAGCUUUAACCAAUAGAGCUUUUAUCGUUAAAAUAAUAAGGUCCACUUUCAUGCCUUAUUUUAUUUAGAAAAUUUUAGAUUUAAAAAUAUUAUAUAUACGGAAUACGUGACAAAAAUUUCGCUUUUGAUAUAUAUUUUAUAGACGUGUUAAAUAUAUAUAUAUACUAGUAUAAAUGAGGAAUUCGAAGUGAUUAACGACAAAGAAGUACGUUAUUUGCUUUAAAUGCUUCUUGAACGCUUUAAGAAUUCAAUCGUUUUAAUUGCAACUAAGUAGAAAUACAUUACACGAUGAAUCUUUUUCUUUUAAAAAAGCCAUUAGUUUUAUUACGUCGUAUUACUUAUACGAUGUUAUGAA